AUGAUGGGUGCUAUUCAUCUUGUACAGGGGCUUGCAAGGAGUCCUCUGAACGAGGUGAUUGAGUCUGCAGGGAAGGCUCCUCCUACACGAGACUUCUAUGGUGCGCUGGCAGCAGCCCACAAGCGUAAUGGGGUGCCAGCAUUGAUCGCUGAGGUCAAGAAGGCAUCACCAAGUAGGGGCGUACUCAGGGAGAACUUCGAUCCUGUUGAAAUUGCUCAAGCUUAUGAAAAGCAUGGAGCUGCGUGCUUGAGCAUCUUGACUGAUGAGAAGUACUUCCAGGGAAGUUUUGAGAAUCUUCAGAAGGUGCGCAAAGCAGGAGUGAAGUGCCCCCUUCUGUGCAAAGAGUUCGUCGUUGAUAAAUGGCAGAUCUAUUAUGCCCGUGCGAUGGGUGCUGAUGCAGUUCUGUUAAUUGCUGCUGUGCUAACUGAUCUCGACAUAAAAUGCUUUCUUCGGAUAUGCAAGGAGUUGGGAUUGACAGCUCUUAUUGAGGUUCAUGAUGAAAGAGAGAUGGAGCGUGUCCUCGCGAUAAAUGGUGUUCAGCUUAUUGGCAUCAACAACCGCAGCCUUGAGACAUUUAUAGUGGAUACUUCGAACACGAAGACGUUGCUGGAGAAGCAUGGUGAUGCCAUCAGGGAGAAGGGAAUAUUGGUUGUUGGCGAAUCAGGGCUAUUCACCCCAGAUGAUGUUGCUUAUGUGCAGAAUGCUGGAGUCUCCGCUGUUUUGGUAGGAGAAUCCUUGGUGAAGCAAGCAGACCCUGGGCAAGCCAUCGCUGGGCUCUUCGGCAAAGAACUGGUGCACUGA